AUGAGUUCAAGACAGUUGAGAAGAUUAGGAAAGGAUGAUUUAGAGACGACUUUGCUCAAGCUAACAUCGAAAGCUAGCUCAUCGUCACCAGCCUUGGAAAAUGAAGAUGAAUCCCUGGCUCAACCAACAGUAACUAGCUCAAAUAUGUUUAUGUUAAUGGAUGAUGAUGAUGAGGAAGAGGAAGAGGAAGAGGAAGAGGAAGAAGCGGCUGUCUCACCAGUAGAGGAGGAGUCUCCAAUAAUUAAGCUGGAGACUAAAUCUCAGAAGAGGAAUACUAAGAAGACAAGUAAAAAGAAGAAUAAGAAGACUAAGAACCAAAGCAAAAAAGGUCCUAGCCUAAAAGACGAAGAUGGGGAAGAUGAUGAAGAGUUUGCUCGUUUGUUGACUCAAUUCCAAAAGAAAAAUAUAACAUCUUACAAAUCGCUGGAUUCUCAGGAGGAAUACGAUGAGUACGAUGACGAUGAUGGGUUUAUGACUGCCGAUGAAGAGGUUAGCCAAGGUUAUGAGGAUAACUUAUCGACUUGGAAACAAUAUAAUCUCAGAGAUGAUCCUGGGUUUACUAAGUUUAAACAUUUCAAACCUUUGAAUGCAUUGUUUAAUAAGUUCGAUUUCAAGCAGUUAAUUCCUGAUAACGAAUUCAAAUUACUUUUUGAUGAUUUAUCACCAGAGACCUUACAAGAUAUUGACUCUGUGACAUCCACUCAUGUAUCACCAGAAGUAUUGAAGCAAAUUGAGAGACUAAAAAGAUUAGUAAAGAACUGGAGUGGCAAGGACAAGAGAAGUGUCCCCAACGGCGGGUCUGUCCGAAAGUUACAGUUCACCAAGAUAAGAGACGACUGGCUACCAACAGUACGUGGAGAAUUCAUCUUGAAAAAGUUGUCUAACGACGAUCUAACAAAAUGGUCGAGAUGGCAGCGUCCUUUGGAUUGGGAUGCUGUCAUCAAAGACGAUGUUGAACGCAAAUGGUCUAAGCAUUUUACUUAUUAUAAAUUCGAUGCUUUAAACGAUACCAAUAGCAAAAAGGCUUUAACCGAAUUCUACCUGAGUACAGUCUUACACCCUGAUCAUGAAGCACUAAUAUCAAUAAUAUCUUCGCAAUUCCCUUAUCAUGUACCAGGGCUCUUACAAGUUGCCUUGAUAUGCGUAAGGCAAGGUGACAAAUCUAACAGUAAUGGUUUGGUUGAACGUGCACUAUUUGUCUUCGACCGUUGUUUGAAAAAUGGGAUUGAGUUCACUGCUAAGGAUUUCCAACUUCCCUACAUAUAUUUUUACAACAGACAGUUUUAUUUGGCUAUCAUGAGAUAUAUUCAAAUCGUAUCUCAAAGAGGUGCCGUUUCAACAGCCGCUCAGUGGUGUAAAACUCUUCUUUCUUUAUCACCUUUGGAAGAUCCUUUAGGAGCAAGAUAUUUCAUGGAUCAUUAUUUGGCUGCCAAUGAUGAAUAUCAGUACAUUAUUCAAAUGAUAAAGAAUCCUUUAUUCAACCUAUACAAACAGUGGUUUACUUUAGGACUGGGAAUGACUGCCGUAUAUUCUUAUUGGAAAUUGUCCUGCAUUGAAGAAGCUAAGCAGUUGUUAAAACGUGUUUGGAAUCAAUAUCCUUCAUCUCUUUACAGGAUAUACGAAGAAGUGUUACUUGGUGAUCCAUCCAAAUUGAAAAUUAAAUUAAAACCUCCUACUGUGAGCGCUUCUAUCGAGACAAAAGCUUAUACUACUAGAAUGGGCGCCAUUUGGAAGGAAGCGGAAGCUAAGAAGUUUUUACUUGAUGAGUUAGCAAGCAUUUUUAAUUCCACUUCGUUUGACACUGAUGCAGUGAAGGAUAUAAAUGAUGGCGAUGAUGAUGACGACGUGGCGCCAACAUCAUUCUUCAUCAAUAACAUUCCAAUUAAUUUGUUAAGGUUUGCUAUUCUUUCUCAAGAGUCAUCCGUUAUGGCUGCUAUUCCCGAAGAAAUUUGGUCAGAUCAUUCUGUGUUUGAAUUCGAUGUACUACCACCACAACCACAUGAUAGAGAAAGUGAGUAUGUAGUAGAAACAAUCGAAGGACUAAUUGAUAGUAAACAUCUAGAAAUAUCCCAAAUGAACAGGUUCGCUGAUGAGGAGCUUUUACAACACAUUAACCAGUUAUCAAUACAAGAAUACUUGGAGCAGCAGCAACAACAGCAACAACCAAAUGAAGAAAUCGAAUAG